GUAAACUACAUUAAGACAAGUAAUAAAAAAAGAAGUAUAAGCAACAAUAAUAUUAAAACUAUAUACAAUAUUAAAAGCUAUAUUAAAGCCUAUAAACUGACCGCUUUGGAAGAUUCCAAUCCCGGAAUAAAAAAUGAAUUUUUAAAAGAAGUUAAAAAUUUUUAUAAAAUUUGCUAUGAAUAUAUCGAAGAAUGGAUAACGAACUUUAGAGCAUUGAAUUGUUUCAAAUGGACCUUUAUAAUUAGUAAAAUUGAAUGAAAAGAAGUUUCUUCAGCAGUGAAAUUUGUAACGAAGGAAGUAAAAGAUAUUGUUAUUAAUGACAAUUUUCUCUUUGAAGAAACUCAGAGUAAAUUUAUAUUUAAACGAAGAAAAAUUGAAGAAAUGGAACAAUGAGAAAAUAGAACUUGACAAAAGAUGGGUAGAAAUCUUUUGGCAUUUUAGAGUAGAACAUAUCCCACAUAAAAAUUUAAAAGCUUUAAUAGAAAUUUCUUUAUGUUAUCCAGGCGCUAAUGCUGCUGUUGAAAAGGUAUUUUCACUAAGGAAUGAUUAUUGGAGCAGUGAGAAGUUGCAACUUUCUGUAAAAACAUUAUCUGCCGUCUUAACAGUCAAAUUUAAUCAUAGUCAAUAGAAUAUAACUAUGGUCUGGAAGUCCAUUGUUUUAUGUUAUUGUUCGCGUUUAUUUGUGUCACGUGAUCUAAGAGUGUGCAAAACAAAGUUCAAAUAAACAUACCAAGUUCAAACAAACCAACAAAUUUCAUAUAAAUAAAGUUAACACAGUUUUAUUUAAAGCUACAAUCAAGUUAUGCCUGGCAGGAAUUGUGCUUUUCCAACUUGUACAGUUUCUUAUACAAGUAAGCACAGCUUUAUGAGCAGCUUCCGAAUUCCAACAAGAAAGUGUGAGUCUGACUGGAAAAAUGAUAUCGUUAAAGUUUUAAAUAAAUACCGUCAAAUAGAUAAGUCAUUACAGGAGAGGAUUGAUGCUGGUCGUGUUUAUAUAUGUGAACGUCAUUUUAAACCUGAAGAUAUUGAGUUGACAAAAUCUGGUCGCAAAACAUUGAAACUUGGUUCAGUUCCAACAUUGAAUUUACCUGUGAAAUCACAUGAAACAUUCACAGCUGAGCGAAGAAAACUUGAAAAAGUUUGUAUUAAUAAACCGAAAACCAAAAAAGCUGUUUGUUACAAGCACUGGGAAGACUUUGUGUCUCGUGCAACAAAAUUAAAGAAUGUAUAUAACUGGCAGGUUACAAUUGACGAUAACAAGCAAAUUGCUCAGUUUAAAAAUUUUGAGAUACCAUUUUCUCUACCGAAGUGCAAAGUGAUUGUAAAUGAUUCUUUGGAAUUUACAUGUUUGGUGUUUGGUUGGAAACUUCCAGAUGAUCAUAUAAUUUACAAAGUUUUUAAACGAAGUAUGACAAAUGUAUUGAUACAGAACUUACUGCAAAAAAUAUCAUUGCUCAAUGUUUGCGAAGGAAUUGAUCAAGAAAUAAUAAAUUCCAGCGUAUUGAAUCAUGUUAUACCUUUUGAUUACGACCUUGAUACAAUAUCUCCUAUGCAAUAUAAAGAGUUAAAAAGACAUAAAGAUUGUAGGGUUUUACAUGAAGAAAGUGAAUGUGAUAUUUGUAAAAAAGUUAAAAUAUUAAUAAAAAAACAAUUUAAAUCUAAAAUAAAGAUUGAUAACACUGCAGCAAAGUUAAAAGCUCCUCUUACAAAAACAUCAAAGAAAAGAAUUGUUCUUGCAUUACAACAAGAACGAGUUAAAACCAAAAAAUUAAAAGAAAAAAUUUAUCGAAUGAGAAAAGAAAUUGAUGCAAAGGGUGUGGAACUCAACAAAGAUUUUAUUAAUGAUAUAAAUCACAUUAUGGAUUCCAACAACCAGAAUAUGACUCCAUUUAUGAAAUUAUUCUGGGAAGAGCAAAAAAAAGCUUCUACUAAUCAGAAGAGUUUAAAAUAUCAUCCUAUGAUUAUCAGAUUCUGCUUAUCCCUUUUCAUGAAAUCAGCAUCAGCAUAUGAUGAACUUAGGAAUUCCAUGAUACUCACUCUGCCAAGUCGGAAGACUCUUAGUGAUUAUAAAAAUGCAAUACGUCCAUCAGUCGGGUUCAAUCCUAAUGUAAUUGAAGAACUCAAACUGAUCACUAACAACUUAAAUGAUGUUCAAAGAUUUAUAGUACUCUCUUUUGAUGAAAUCAAAAUUAGUGAAAAUUUAGUGUAUGACAAGCACUCAAAUGAGCUUAUUGGCUUUGUUGAUCUUGGAGAUCCGCAUCUAAAUUAUAGCACUUUCAAAGACAUUGAUGACCUUGCUUCUCACUGCUUAGUUUACUAUAUUAGAGGUGUUGCUUCCGAUUUAAAGUUUGCUUUGGCAUAUUUUGCUAGUAAAGGUGUUACUGCAAGUCAAAUUAUGUCUACUUUUUGGAAAGCAGUGUCUGUGUUGGAAUUAGAGUGUGCUCUUAAAGUAAUUGCUGCUGUGUCUGAUGGUGCUUCUCCAAAUCGACUGUUCUACAAAAUGCACAAAGGGAUGGAUAACAUUGAAUCAUUUGUUGUGUACCGUUCAAAAAAUAUAUUUGCAGACCGCUACAUAUAUAUUUUUUUCUGAUGCACCACAUCUUAUAAAAACAUUUAGAAAUUCAUUGCAUCAUUCUGGAGAUAGUGAAAAUCAUACACGUAAUUUAUGGAAUGAACAAAAAGUUAUAUGGAGUUAUUUCGUGAAAUUAGUGAAUGAUGAUAUUUUCAGAGAUUUAAAGUUGCUGCCUAAAUUGACCUUAGAGCAUGUUCAAUUAAAUUCUUUUUCUGUUAUGAAUGUUCGAUUAGCAGCUCAAAUUCUUAGCAAAAGCGUUUCAAAUGUCUUACGCUUAAAGUAUCCCACAGAAACCCAUGUAACAGCACAGAUAUGUGAAUUAAUGGAUAAAUUUUUUGAUUGUACGAUUACUCGAAAUCAAAAGGAAGGCAUUCUGAAAAGAAAAGAAUUUUUGUUGCCCUACCGCAAUGUUAACGAUGCUCGCUUUGAUUGGCUCAAGAACACUUUUCUAAAAUACUUUGAAACUUGGCAAGAAAAUAUUAAAAAUAGAACUGGGAAUUUCCAUCGGGGUGAACGUGAAAAAAUGUUUAUUUCAUUACAAACAUACGAAGGUCUCCAUAUAACUGUGAAUUCUUUAAUUGAAGUUACCAAGUUUUUAUUAACUAGCGGAAUACCUUUCGUAUUGACUGAACGUUUUACCCAAGAUGUCCUGGAGGAAUACUUUGGGAGGCAUCGCAGCCUUGGUCGCCGAAAUGAUAACCCUACCCUCAUUCAGUUGGGAUACCAAUCAAAUGCUAUCAGAAUGCAACGAUCUGUAGCACCUGUUACUGGAAAUACCAUAGGAGC